AGUUCCCGGAGUGUCCAGGCGGCGGCGCUGUGGGCGGGUGGCGAGGCCCAGCGUCGGGCGGCAUCUCUUGUCCCCGCGGCUGCCUCGUUGUUCACUCGGCGACAUGAACGCGCCGCCGGCUUUCGAGAGCUUCCUGCUGUUCGAGGGAGAAAAGAAAAUAACAAUAACAAAAGACACAAAAGUGCCAAAUGCAUGCCUAUUCACCAUUAACAAGGAGGACCAUACCCUGGGUAAUACCAUCCGAUCGCAGUUGUUGAAAGACCCCCAGGUGUUAUUCGCAGGUUACAAAGUACCUCAUCCGCUCGAACAUAAGAUUGUUAUCCGUGUGCAGACAACUCCAGACUACAGUCCACAAGAGGCAUUUACAAAUGCCAUCACUGAUCUGAUCAGUGAGUUAUCUCUUUUAGAAGAGCGGUUCCGGGUUGCCAUUAAAGAUAAACAAGAAGGGAUUGAAUAAAAAGACAUCAGAAUGCAUCUGAUUUACAAUUCAUUUUGUAAAAUAUUGUUUGACUAUCUUGAUUACAAAUUAAAAUUAAGUUAUUACAAAAUA